AUGGCCGAGAUUGUUGGGCUUGUUUCCGGCAUCGUCGCUUUAAUUCAACUGGCGGGCAAAUUGACAUCGAUUAGCUAUAGCUAUGCCUGCGGGGUAAAGCGAGCAUCAAAGGAUCUCGGGGAUCUUAUAGACGAACUCGGCUCUUUGAGUAAAGUCUUACUUUCCUUGCGGAGUCACCUGGAAAGAGUCAAAACAACAUCAUCAGUUUCAGCGCUGCAGGGGCUGAAUGACUCCGAUGGGCCGCUAAAGGUAUGUGGUCGAGAGCUAGAAGAGCUUAUAUCACAAGUAGAGCCUCGAAAUGGUUGGAAGGGUAUGGUGGAUAGCAUCAAAUGGCCUUUGAAAGAGAAAGAUACUCUUCAAUUAAUUUCUAGGAUAGAGAGACAUAAAAGUCUCAUUGUGUUUGCAUUGGCGGCAGAUCAGAUGUCUACGUCGAGGGAAAUUGAAAAGCAAGUUCAAAAUAUCCAGAUUGAUAUUAAAGAGGUCCGGGAAGAUAUCUUGACCGAAUUUGCAGCCCAGGAUGCGUGGAGACACAAGUGGGAUCUCGUAGCCUCUAAACGCUUACAGUUCGAAGAUUGCAAUACAUCCGAGAAACGUGCAAAUGUACUCAAUUGGGUUUGUUCAGAUAAUGUCGACACAAAACACAACGAUGUCAGCAAUAGGAUGCAGGAAGGAACCGGCCAAUGGCUUAUAAGAGAACCAAAAUUUCAAGAAUGGUAUACAGGAGUUUCGCACACAAAGAUGUUAUGGGGUUAUGGCAUUCCCGGGGCUGGGAAGACAUUCAUAAGCGCUGCUGUGUUCAAUUAUCUUGAGGAACAAUCAUCGGCACUGAACUACGGAAUGGCACAUAUAUACUUCGAUUAUAAAGAAAGGGAACAGCAAAGACCGGAAAAUGUUGUUUCCAGCCUAGUCAAGCAGUUUGCUCGCAGAAUACCAUACCUUCCAGCGGUCCUUGAAGAGAUGCAUGGAAUGUUUUUGCUUGUUCACUUCCAUAUCGAGUUUCUUUGCCAGCAGACCACCGCAAAAAAGAUCCUCUUAGAGCUUGGAAGGAUAAAAGACUCUUCCUCUCGAGGUCUAGAUCCUACGUAUGACCGCGCCAUGGAGAACCUCCGCGGACAGGCCAAAUGCUGUGAAGAGAUGGCCCUGAAGAUCCUUCUGUGGCUUGUUAAAGCCAGAAGAACGCUUACGGUUGAUGAGAUCAGAGUAGCUAUAUCCAUAGAAGAUGAUAGAUAUGAGCUUGAUGAGCUUGAUCUACCGGAUAUAGCAACCUUAUUAGAUAUCUGCGCUGGCCUUGUAAUAAUCGACGAAGACACAAACACCAUUCGAUUGGCCCAUUAUACCGUCCAAGAAUAUCUUCUGAAGAAAAGCGUCUUUCAAGAAGAUGCAGAUUUAUAUCUCGCCAAAACUUGCGCAACUUAUCUGUUAUUCGACGCAUUCACCACUUGGAGUUCUUGCGAAACCUAUCGUGACGCGGUGGAACGGCUCGAAACACACCCGUUCCAGGCCUACGUAGUAUCUCACUGCUUUCACCAUCUCAAAGCAUGCCCCGAAGAGUACACAGUGGAUGUUGUUCUUAAAUUUCUAAAACACGAUUGCGCCCGUCGAGCUUAUCUUCAAUUGUACGAGAUUGUCCGGGAUAAUAUACCCGCUGUUUCACAAUACUGGGGUUGGAUUGAUCUAAUUCAAAGUCCAUUGCACGUGGCAUGUAUUUUGGGACAUCGAUUAGCGGCCUUGUGGUUGAUAGAUUCAGGUGCUGAUAUCUCCGCUCUUGAUUCUUGGGGUGGAACUGCACUCCAUAAAGCGGCUCUCGGAGGGCACGGGGAUGUUGUUGACUUAUUGCUUGAAAAUGGGGUCGACGUAUCUUGUCAAGACUAUCAUGCUAGAACAGCUCUGCAUACUGCAGCAUCUCAAGGCCAUUCUGAAGCUGUUUUGCGGCUGAUCAAGGGAGGUGCUAGUGUUUUGACAUUGGAUCAUUGGGGCUGGACGCCGAUAUAUAUGGCGGUCUGCAAAGGAAACGUGGAAAUGGUCCUGUUGUUGAUUACUCACGGAGCCGAUCUUAGUGUUCAUGACCUUGAAGGACAAACCCUUCUUCACAAGGCGGCAUAUCGUGGUCAUUUGGAAGUAGUUAGGGCGUUAAUCGAGAGAGGUGUGCCCAUAUUGGACCAAGGCAAAGCUAAAUGGACCGCACUGCAUUACGCAGCGAUACAAGGGCACCAGGCAGUGGUCAAGCUUUUGCUCGAGAAAGGGGCCGAUCACUCUACCCAAGACGAAGACGGUCAAACAGCAUUGCAUAAGGCGGUGAUUUCCGGUAGCGAAGCAACUGUUCGGCUGUUGCUCGAAAAGGGUGCUAGUCCCUCGGUUCAAGACCAAGACGGAGAAACGGCUCUUCAUGGAGUUGCGGAGGAUGGGGGUGAAGCAGUUGGCAUCUUACGUCUACUCCUUGUAAAGGGAGCUGAUGCAUCUGUCCAGGAUAGAAAGGGCGAAACAGCACUACACAGAGCUGUAAAUCAUCGAAACCUAAUCGCUGCUCGGUUGUUGAUUGAUGGAGGUGCAUCUGUCUCGACGCAGUCUCACAUUGGAUGGACAGCAUUGCACCUGGCAGCGUCCACAGGGUCGAUAGAUAUGAUGCAGUUAUUAUUGAACUGUGGCGCGGACUAUUCGAGAUGUGAUAAUGAGGGACAAACAGCGCUACAUAUAGCCGUGCUUCGAUGUCACUGCGAUGUUGUCCGUCUACUGCUUAAGACGGGGGCUGCACCCGGAGUUAGAGAUGUAAAGGGAGAAACCCCACUACACAUUGCAGUGACCCAGGAAAGCAAAGAUAUCGUCGAGUUACUUCUUAAGGUAUCCCCUAUCAGGCUCGUAAACAAGAAUGGAGAGUCCGUACUGGAUAAGGUGAAGGCCAAAGAUAUUUUCAAGAUGGUUGUUGCUGAGGUCGAAAGGCGUGCCAUGAAAAGAUACACAUUUAGGUAG